UCAGAUCAGACCGGAUCGAAGCAUCAAAGCAAAUCGACGCCGAAGGGAAGUGAAAUAUGGGGAACUGCCAAGCAGCAGAGGCAGCGACGGUGGUGAUACAACAUCCGGGGAACAAGAUAGAGAGGAUUUACUGGUCGGUGAGCGCCCAGCAGGUGAUGAGCUCCAACCCUGGCCACUACGUCGCACUCCUCGUCACCUCCUCCCCGUCCUUCUUUCCCAACUCCCAGAAAGCCUCCGCCACGCAAACGCCCAUCGUUAGGCAGCUCAAGCUUCUUCGUCCCGACGAUACUCUUCAUAUCGGCCAGGUUUAUCGCCUCAUCACAUUCGAAGAGGUGCUCAAGGAGUUUGCUGCGAAGAAAUGCGUGAAGUUGGGGAGGCUGAUGAAGGAGACGGCGGGUGAUAGGAGGAAAGACGGUGGUGGUGCUGUGAAGCCACCGCCUCUCCCAUCCAAGUCGGAGAUUCCUGUUUCGGUUAAGGUGGAGCCGGAGGUUCAACGGCCGGCGGGUAGCAGCAGUGGCGGUCACAGAAUGGGAAGGAAUCAUGGGCAAUGGCGGCCAGCUUUACAAAGCAUAUCAGAGGUUGAAACUUGAACAGUUCACAACUUCUCUAUCUCUCUCUCUCUCUCUCUCUCUCUCUCUCAACCACACACA